CAAUGAUCUAUAUCGAUAUAAGUUUUAAAAACCUUGAUAACAAUAUUUACGAUGUACGCGCGCAUCGUUCGGUACGGGAAUAAAAUUUUCUUUCAUCAUUUACGGAAUAUUCCAAUCGCGCAUUAUCGCUUACCAUCCGGUCCAAUUCCCAUUAUAAAAGGCCAAUUGGCCAACGUUUUAAUGUGCAAACAUGUUGUUGACCCGAACCUGAAUUAUUAAAAUAUUAUUUAUAAACGUUUAAUAAAUUAAUUUAUUAUUUUCAAUUCAUUGCAUCACGUUAAUCUUGUUCUUUUAACAUCGAGUGACGUCAAUUCAAAUUCGAUAAAGAACAUUUUUAGUUUCUUAAAAUAGUUUGUUAUUUUUAGUGAAAAAUUAAUUUAUAUCUGAUAUAAACAUGCUUUCAAAGUACCACAAAUUAUUAAAAUCCGCCUCAAGGAUUGAAAAUGCACUGAAAAACUCGCAAAAUCGAAACACUUCAACCAAACAAGUCGUUGAAAGAGAGGCUAAAUAUGCGGCUCAUAACUAUCAUCCUUUACCUGUGGCGUUAACAAAAGGCCAAGGUGUUUACGUUUGGGAUGUUGAUGGUAAAAAGUACAUCGAUUUUUUAAGCGGUUAUUCCGCGAAUAAUUUCGGACAUUGCCACCCAAAAAUCGUUGAAACCUUAAAAGAACAAGCCGGAAUUCUUCAUCACACCUCAAGGGCUUUUUAUUGCGAUAUUUUCGGUGAAUACGCUGAGUAUUUAACUAAAUAUUUUGGAUACGAUAAAGUUAUUCCUAUGAAUACAGGUGUUGAAGCUGAUGAUACAGCGUGUAAAUUAUCUAGAAAAUGGGGUUAUAGAAAGAAGAUGAUUCCCAAAAAUAAAGCAAAAAUCAUUUUUUGUAGUGAUAACUUUUGGGGGCGCUCACUAGCUGCUGUUUCAGCUUCAACGGAUCCAUUAAGUUUCGAAGAUUAUGGUCCAUUUAUGCCGGGAUUUUCUUGUAUUCCUUAUAACGAUCUCCAAUCUUUAGAACAAGCGAUUUCCGAUCCAACAGUUUGUGCUUUUAUGGUUGAACCGAUUCAAGGAGAAGCAGGAAUUGUAAUUCCCGAUGAAGGUUAUUUAAAAGGGGUUAGAGAUCUUUGCUCGAAAUACAACGUUUUAUGGAUAGCCGAUGAGAUUCAAACGGGAAUGGGAAGAACAGGAAAACUUUUAGCGGUCGAUCACGAAAAUGUUAAACCGGAUAUUUUAGUGCUCGGAAAAGCUUUAGGAGGGGGAGUAUAUCCAGUUUCCGCUUGUUUAGCUAACGACGAUGUUAUGUCAGUUAUUGAACCGGGCACUCACGGUUCAACGUUUGGUGGAAAUCCUUUAGGUUCAAAAGUUGCAAUUGCAGCUUUGGAAGUUCUUAAAGAAGAGGAGUUGGCCGAAAACGCCGAGCGAAUGGGGAGAAUUUUUAGGGAUGGACUUAAAAGUCUAGUUAAAGAUAAAGUUAUUAGCAUGGUUCGAGGAAAAGGAUUAUUAAACGCCGUUGUUGUUAAUAGAAAUUAUGCAACCGCAUGGGAUAUUUUAUUAAAACUAAAAGACUCGGGAAUUAUCGCUAAACACACCCACGAGGAUAUUAUUCGAUUUUCACCACCUCUAGUCAUCAAUGAAAAUGAAAUCUGUCAAUCGGUAGAUAUCAUUGGAAGAACUAUUAAAUCUUUCAUGAAAUAAAAAAAUUAUAAAACAUUUAAAAUGUAUAAAUUAAGUCGUUAAUGUCGUAUUAUAUCUAAUAAGAUCGUUAUUAAUUAAUUAAAUAUUUUUUAAUGUGUCAUAAAAAUUCUAGUUUAAAUAUAGGCAACUAAUUUUA